AGACAACACCGAAUGGCACCCAAGUUAACCCAACGGCAUCUGUCCCUCACUGCCUUUUCAACAAUGAGUGUGCCUCUCGCCACUCAGAGAAAGGAUUUCAGUUUCUAUUUACGAGGCACCUCAACCAGGACUGCCUGGAACACUUCUUUGGGGUGAUCAGAGCGAAGGGCGGGCACAGGGACAAUCCAGACCCUCAGCAAUUCCGAUUAGACUACAGGCAGGCCGUGCUAGACUAUCUAAUGACAUUUGGGAGAAAUACAAAUUGCGAACCGGAGGAAAUACACCUAUUGCUGCAAUUGUCCCAUUUGUUUGAGAGCUGCACUGAGUCAUCGCAGAUGGCAACUCCCCAUCCAUGCACCGCACUGACCAUGCCUCACGAGAGCUGCACUGAGUCAUCGCAGAUGGCAACUCCCCAUCCAUGCACCGCACUGACCAUGCCUCACGAGAGCUGCACUGAGUCAUCGCAGAUGGCAACUCCCCAUCCAUGCACCGCACUGACCAUGCCUCACGUACAGUCUACUGAUGAGGAACCCACAUUCCCUGGACUGGACAACACAGAGUUCAUGAAGGGGCUGGACGUCAUUGAGGGCAAUGUGUCAGUGUACCUUGCUGGCUAUGUGGCCUUCAGAGCCUCUGCCAAAUUUGAUUGCAAGAGUUGUGUUACGCUGUGGGAGGCAAACGAGGAGGACAGAGAUACACUCAAGGAGAAAUACACCUUUUUCAGAUAUAAGCAGUUCAGGGAUGGGUUAUUCCCACCAAGUGUUGUAUUACAGCGUACAACAGAGCAAAUUGAACACAUUUUUAGAUGCCAAUACCCCCACAUUUCUAAAGGGAAACAUGUCCUGGCACUCUUAAAAUCUGCAGUAUAUCAGAGUGUGAAUUUGGAUGCUGUUAUAUGUUCCGCCAGCUGUCUGUCCUGCAAAGAGUUCCUUGUUAAUACAGACUUAUUGAUGAGGAUAAAAUUUAAACUGAAGUCUAAAAUGCGGCGCGCUGGGAGAAAGUUCAGCAGCAUUGGAGAAAAGGAGGACCUUUUCCACACCCUAAUUGACUACUACACAAAUGAUGCUACAAAGACCCACAGCUAA